AUGCUCAAGUUCCAGUUAAAUACACCCGAGGACCUCAAGGUCGCAGCAUGCAUAGAGCGCAGGAGACAAAUCGAAGAGGCCAGGAAACCGAGAAUCUUCAAUCCUCGUACUCGUCGUAUCGGGGUCGACAAAGAAUUCCUUGAUAAACAGAUCGAGGAAAAGAACCGACAACGUCUCGCAGAAAAGGAGCGAGAGUCUCAGUUGGACCAAGCUUUAGUUUGCAGCAGCAAGGUCGCCAUAAUGUUGGAGAAGCAGCAAGAAGAGGAGAGGAGAAAAAUACAAAAGGAGAUCAACACCUUCCGACAAGUUUACCAGCGUCCCGAAAAUCGUCGGGACUUCGACCUUUACGAUCCUAAUAAUUUGAAAAAGUCAGUGCCUGCAAGUUCGAAUAACCAGAAUCCACAUUUAGGAUUGGCUUCCGCUCAAAGAUUUAUGGGAGAAGACGUAAACUUGGCGGAGCGCACGAAAGCUCAGAAGGAACAAAUGCAAGCCUGGAUCGCACAACAAAUCGCGGAGCGCCGCGCCGCGGAAAGGGAACGUCACAACGCCGAGAGGGCCCACCAGGACGCCAUUCUGUCCAGAGACAGACGAUCGAUGACUUUAGAAAAAAUGGAACAGGAUUGUCGUCGGAGACUCAACGAGGCCACUGCGAGAUUCAACCGAGCCCUCGCAGAAGAACAAGAACAAAGAAGAAAGUGCGAGGCUGCCCAAGACGAGGAGGACAAAAGGGCAGAAAUUUACAACCACGUGACCGGCGACUUCCUGACCGAAGCAAAGGGUCAAGCGGACAGUAAUCGCGGUCCGGAUAAGCCACUCGCUUCGAGGUACAAGGGUAUGACCUCCGAACAACUCAAAGCAUACCGAGACGAACAAGCUCGUCAGAUGACGGAAAUUCAAAAAAUGAAAGCUGAGGAGAAGAGGAGAAACGAAGAGUGGAACAGGCAGAUGUCGAGCAAUGCUCAGAGUGCCCAGAUCUACCAGCAAGAAUUGGAUCGAAGACGGGCGUUGUUGCAGAAACAAAUAGCCGAAGAGAACCUGAUGCUGGCGCAGCAACAAAAGUCCCAGCAGGAGUACUUAAAUCGGUUCGUUUACAAGAAUAAGCCUACCGCGGCUUUCUUCGAACAAUUCAACAAGGGCACCCGUUAGGAUUUACGGAUUGAUCUGGGAG